AUGGAUUACACAUCGGGAACCGAUUCCAUGGGCCCCCAGCAGACAGAUCAAUCUGCAUUUCCGCAGGUUCUGGUCGCCCAAUCUACGCUGGAGCUGGAGUCCGAGUCUGGCGCUGCGGCAGGCCUUGAGGCAAGUGGCGUAGGACGAGGCCCGGCGAUUGCCAAAGCAGCCCCACAGAUGAAUGGGGCAUCAGUGCAUGUGAAUGAUGAGCGGGGACGCCAGGACGAUGGCACCUAUGGAGCUGUGCAUACCGAAGGCCCAGCUGCCCAGAUGAGAAGCGAUCGUGGUGUUUCUGCUUAUAGAGAUGAAAGGAAGUCUGGUCUGGCGCCAGAGACCUCGGAAGCUGCUAGUAUGGGGAUAGGAGCUGGAGCCCAAGGUGAUGUCCAAGACAUCGAUGGCGAAGUUGGUCCCGCGUAUCAGCAGACGAUGCAGCGAGGAAUGUAUGUGCCAGAGGACCCUUUUUUGGGACAGAGUGGUGGAAGUCGAGACAGCCGGGACCAGAUGUCUGCGGGUUUUCUGACGCCUCGGUCGAUGAGGGCGGCGUGGAGUGAUUUUCAGGCUGCUAGAACUGGGGUUGGACCGGAGCCGGAAGUGUGGCCAAAAUGGGUGCAGCGGCUAUCUGGGUUUUUCAGGCCACCACAAAUACCUACGGCAUGGAUGCCAAGCCCUAUGCCAUCGCCCCUGUUGGACAGACGCAGUGGUGGGAGUGUGCAAGAUCAUGUGGCUGCCCAGUCAAUGGGGGAUCCAAGAAUGAAUGCAGCCGCAAAAACGCCAGCGAAGGCUGUUACUGCUAUCCCAAGACCCCCAACGCCACCGAGCUCGUCGAGUUUGCCGGCGGAAGCAAUACAGGCCGAGGUGCAGAGACAGCUUGGAGGCUUGCUGGAUCGGCUACGACAGUCGGAAGCAGAGACUGCUCGACUACAAAGGUUGUUGUCGGAGGCAACAGCUGCGCCGAGAGUACCACUUCAACCACCGCUGCCAGAAGAGGAGCCUCCAGCGCGAGUAGCAACUGAAACGGUUCCACCGGAAAGGGAAGAGAACCUGGGAGAUGUUCAUGGUGGAGCCAGGGAAGGAAGCCGGAGAGACCUGCUUGGAUCCCUCUGGGAUGAAAUUUCCGGGCGAAUUGGUUCAGUGCAAGCGAGCAAUCAGAGCAUGAGAAAGGCUGUUUCGGUGAGCCGUUUGCCCUCGCCUCCUCCGCAAAAGGACGACAACCAUGUACAACCCCCGCUAGCGCCCUCUAUGUCAUCAAGUGGACCCCCAAAUCUUCUGGAUGCCAUUGCGAAGGGAGUGCAGCAGCUUCAGGAACUUCAGGUGCAAACACUGAAGCGAGAGGAGGAUGGGAGUCCGGAGCAGGUUAAAUCUUCGAUGACCUCGCUCCCGGCCUUGAAGGCGCCGCAGGGAGACAUGGCUGGCGUACGACUGCAAGACUGGUUGGCCUUGGUAAGCACGUGCAUGCAGGACCUCUCAGCUGGUUCAGGACUUUGGUGGCAGGAGGUUUUACAAAGGGUGAGCUCAGCGUACAUGACCUGGCUAGCAGCAACGCCUUUGGAGCGCCUACAGGAUAUGGGAAUGAGUUUUCCAGACAGCACUGUUUUGGCCAAGGCUCUGACAACUAGCGGUGGAAAGUUCAUCACAGAGAGCCCGGACGCGGCUUUUCGCACCCAGUUGCUGAGGUCAUCUUUGCGCAUUGAUGGUCAGCCUAGCCUGGAUAGUGUGCACAAAUACCACCAACAUUUGCAAGCCGAGAUUGAGAAUAUGGCCGCAACGAAUGUUGACCAAGGUGGACCAAGGUUGAGAGCGAUGAAGACGGGAGACGGCGGUCAUGCUGAACAGUCAUCAUCGGCGAAAGCGACAGCCCCGUGCAGAUACUUCUUCAAGAGUCAGGGCUGCAGGCGGGGAGCGAAAUGCCCGUACGGCCAUGACAUGGGGAGCUUGAGCAAGUUUGAAAGGGCGAAAAAGUGUCUUCAAUGUGGAAGUGAAGACCACCGUCAGCGUGAUUGCCCUACCACCAGAACAUCGCGUACCUCAAAAGGGUAUACCGAGACGGCGGCAAAGGACGCAUCACCGUCGGCUUCAUCAACCUCAGGACCUAGAGUUCAGAAGGUCACCUUUGAGGAAAGUGCCACUGCCGAGGACGCCGCAACCGUCAAGGGUGAUCCCGUGUGGACAAUGGAAGCCCUUCUCAAGGCCGCUGCCCAGGUGAUCCAAACCUCAAACCCCGAGCCGGAACCGAAAGCCCCGAGCAUGAAGGUGAUGAGAUUGGGGAGAAGGGAGGAUGAGCACUUAGAUGCUGAGGACGUGUACGCGCUGAUGGAUUCUGGAGCCACGCAUCCUCUUCGCCGAGCAUGGUCGCAAGAAGAAUGGCAGCGCGCUGAACCCACCGUGGUAACCCUGGCAGGAGGAGAAAGCGUGGAACUUCGGAUGCAUGAAGGGGGGACAAUCCUGGUCCCUAUUUCAACCGAGGGGUAUCAGGCGCCUACUGCCCCCAUCGUGCCGCUUGGGUCGCUAGUUCAGCAAUUGGGGUACACCCUGGAAUGGAGCGCAAAGAAGUGCCGGUUAGUUGUGGGAAUCGAGGAGAUGUACAUCAUCUACGUGUUCGUAAUGGCCCUGAACCUGAUUGCACGUUUGGAAAACGAGAAGCUUGGGUUGCUGAAGAAGAGUACGGCUGAAACCCGGGAACGUGUGCGACAAGCAGCGGUGUCUCUGGAGAGGAACUGGUUUGAUCACCUUCUUCAGUACUGUCGUGGUGAGAGAGCGUCAAAUGCCCUUCAGGCAAUUGGAGAAGCUCCCUUCUUUCAGAAUGUGCCGCUGGAAGCAAAACAGGGAUUGGUGGAGGGAUACCCAGAGCAUAACGGCUGGCAAGCGCUUCGAGGGUUACAUCACCUCAAUCGCCGCUCGAGAAGAAGAUUGCAUGAGUCAGACAAAUGGAUUGUGCACUUGUUCGCUGGAAAGGAGUCCAGGGAAGAGUACAAGUACUUGGAGCGUCAUGGCUAUGUGGUUCUGGAGCUGGAUCUGGAAAGGGGAGCAACACAUGAUGUUCUCAGUCCUGCUGUGUGGCGAGCACUGGAAUGGGCAGCUCGAUCUGGAAAAAUCGCUGGAAUCAUUGGUGGCCCUCCCUGCAGAUCUUACUCGAUGCUUCGGUAUCAAAGGCCAGGACCAAGCCCCGUUAGAACCAAUGCCUAUCCCUAUGGUGGUUGGCCUGGACAGCCAGCAGCUGAGGAGGAGCUUGCAGUGAAGGAUACGUCGCUGUUUGUGCGGAUGAUUUACCUUCAUGCAUUGGCUACAGCUGGUAGGGUGAUCGCUCAGCCCGGGCCUGAACAACAACGGGAAGUGAGUUUUCUACUUGAACAGCCCCAGGAUCCACGAGAAUUCCUUCGGUGGGAUCAUGAGCUUUAUGAUGAGGUGGUUAGUUUUUGGAGAAGCGACUUGUGGAUUGGCUACGCUAACGAAGCUGGACUCGCAAGGUACUCUGUGGAUCAAGGAGCUGUGGGACAUUUCGCCAGGAAACCUACCUCGUUGGGGACAAAUCUGACCAUGCUGAGCUCCUUGGAUGGACUUAAGGCGGAGGGAUACUUUGAUCCGUGGCAGGGAUCCUCAAGGGACUUGGCGAAGUGGGGCCCUGGGUUGGUAGAAGCAAUCGUGAAGGCGAUCAUAGUGCACCGCAGUAUACCAAGAAUGCUAGCCAUGUCGGCGGAGCAAUGGGCUGAUCAUGUUCGUAGGGGGCAUCUACCAUUCAGGCGUGAUUGCAUGACCUGUGUGCAAGCGGGUGCCACGGGACGGCGGCAUUCCAGAGUGGAGCACCCCGACGCUUUUGUCAUGACGGCAGAUUUGUCUGGACCCCUAAAAGAGCAUGGUCUGGAUUCACAUGGGAGAGGAAGAGCGCCUGCCAAGUUUCGGUACCUCUUUGUGGCCAAGCUUAGAGUUCCCAAGGAUUUCGUCGACGAUGGACGAGGAGUAGGCCUGGACUAUAUCCCGGGAGAUGAUCCUCUACAUGAGCCGGUGCCUCCUGAUGAUGGACUAGAGGAAGAACAUGGAGGAGAACAAAGGGUAUCUGGUGAGGUAGAAGCGGGAGAAGUAGAGGAGAACGGCGAAAAAGAGGAGGACGAACCUGAGCGAAAGCGGCCGAAAGAAGAUCUUGGUGAAGACCUAAAGCCCCCGGACAUGGUGAAUCUGAUUUUCGCUACUGGAUUGCAUGAUAACAAAAGCGCUACGGUGUUGGAGGCAAUCCAGGACGUGGUUCUCUACGCUCGCUCCUAUAACAUCCCAAUCCUGAGGUUCCACUGCGAUCGAUCAAUGGAGUUCUUUGCGAAAAAUUCACGACAGUGGAUCAAGGAGCAAGGGAUGAGGAUGACCAGCAGUGAAGGUGGAGAGCAUCAGUCUAAUGGAGCAGCUGAGAACACGGUUAAAUGGAUCAAGCAGCGAGCCCGAACUCUCUUAGCUGGUGCCAGUCUUCCUCAACGAUUGUGGCCAUACGCAGCGGACUACGCAGCAACGAUGCAGCGAUCGUCGGUGUUGGGUUUUGAAGCAAAACUGGCUGCCCCUUUUGGUGCCAAAGUCCUCAUCAAGAAGAAGCCCUACAUUGGAUCAGGACAUGGUGGAAAAAUGGAUGAUCUCGCACCAAGAUGGGAAGAGGGGAGCUACUUGGGAUUGUCCAAUGCAGUACGGCAAGGGCAUUUGGUGUACAUCAACAAUGAAGGAGAAAGAUUUCUUCACACCGCUCAUGUUCGUCCAGGACUACACGAUCCAGGACCUCCCACGGAAUCUGUUGAAGCGGAAGAAUCUUCAAGUGCACGACGCCGAUUGAGGGCCAAAACAAGCAUAAGAUCGAUGACGUCGAUGGCACAGAUGGAUCAAUCGCUGGCAGAAAAGGAGUUGGAAAAGGAGGUGGAGAGAGUGCUGGGAGAAUGGAACAGGGAAGAAGCGGAGGAGUUGGUGGUGCAAGCGUGCUCAAUUUUGCCUAGAACUGCAAACAAGUACGGGCUAUUUCGACAUGGUGGAGUCAUGGGCUUGACAAAGGCUACCUAUGAUCGACCUUGGAUGGCACGAUUGCUGGUUAAACUUCUUCAGGACGUUGAUCCCGACGCGGAGUUUGCAUCAGUGUACGUUUCUUUAGAUGGAGAAAAGGCCCUUCACAGAGACUCACAUAAUGAAGCAGGCUCGUUGAACUACUUGUACCCCGUGAAGCUUCCACGCCGAGGAGGAGACCUGUGGAUGGAGCUAUGUGAGGGUGAUGUGGUUACUGGAUCCAUCAUGGAGCUGCAAGACAAUAAGGGGAAGAUGUACUAUGGGAACGUCAUACCUCUUCUUGAAGGACAAGUUAGGACCAUCAAUCCCCGUAAGCGGCAUGCUGUACUGCCUUGGAAGGGCAAGCCUGGGGAAAGGAUAGUGGUCAUUGGAUACACUCCGGCUCGAGUGGGGAAAAUCUCAUCAGCGGAAAGAGAACAGCUGUCUGUUUUGGGCUUUUGUCCUCCAACUCUGACCUACGACGACUCUGUUGCUGUUCGAGCCCUUAGAGUGAAGGCAGUGGACAAAUCCAUUGUCGAGGAGGAGCCGGAAGCAUUGAGUGGAGGUGGGUGGACCGAAAGAGUGGAAACUUCAGAUGGAAUUCUUCUCUUCGUGGUGGACUGGAAGCUCAGCCGAGAACGCCCGCCAAAUCACCCCGUGAGCAAUGAUGGAGCUGGUGUUGUCCAAAGCAAAGACCCAGAGGAGUGUAUGGCGGAAGAGAUGUAUGUCGUUACGAGCGAUCAGAAGGCAAGGAUUCCCCUGAUGAUGUCGAUUGAAGCAAUGGGAUCUAGCCCAGUCGCGGUGAGGAAGACCGAGGUGAACUACACAAGGAAUAUUGAAGAGCUUUUAGCCUCAUUGAAAGAGCCAUUGGCUGUAGUUCACACAGUACACCCCUCUGAAGUGGCCCCGAACUUGGAAAACUGGAAGCCGUCGAUGAUCAAGGAGCUGAAUGCAAUCGGCCACGCGGUGAUCAGGCUCAAAAAAGGAGAUCCUUUGAGGGAAGUGUGGAUGGAAAAGAAGGGUAUGCAAAUGCUGCCAAUGAAGUUGGUCUACACGGUGAAGCCUCCAGAUGCGGCCCCAUUGGUUGAAGGUGACGCGUGGUUCAAAAGGAAAGUCCGGGCGGUCAUUUGUGGCAAUAUGGCUGGAGACUCUGAUUUGGAGGUAUACACUGGUGCUGCCCCUGCAGAGGUUGUACGCGCAGCUCUGUCAAUAGCCAGCAAAUUUGGUUGGUCGGCAGCAGUGUUGGACGUCAUUUCGGCUUUCUUGCAGACGCCAUUGGAUGAGAUCCCGAAUGCUCCGAUUGUGAUCGCUGUUCCCCCUCGAGCGUUGGUCCAAGCCCAGCUGGCAGAGGAGGGAGAACUAUGGGGGAUAACCCAUGCAGUUUAUGGUUUGCGUGAGUCGCCCCGUUUAUGGGGCAUCUUUCGUGAUGGCGAGAUGAGAAAGCUGAAGACGACCCUAAACGACAAGGAGAUCGUCCUGGUCCAAGGUCACAUUGAGCCGACGUGGUGGGCAAUCAAAAUGGAGGGCUGCACCAUUGGGAUCUUGGUGAUUUACGUGGACGACUACUUGAUCUUGGCGUUUCCUGAUGUAAUCACUGUGGUGUCGAAUGCGGUUCAGCGGGUUUGGAAGACUUCGGCAUUGCAGGUGGCCUCCGCAUUGAAUCCAAUUCGUUUCCUGGGAAUGGAGAUUCAUGUAACCACCCGAGGGUUCACUAUUUCGCAACGACCCUACAUUCGAGAACUUCUACGACUACAUGAAAUUGGCAGUCAAAGAUUGGAUGUGGUCCCUGUAAAUCGGGAAAUUGGAAGUUUCGAAGCGAGCCCCGAGGAAGGCGUGUUUUCCCAGGAGGAGUUGAAGUUCGCUCAGCAAUGCGCAGGCGAGAUUCUAUGGCUGAGCCAGAGGUCAAGACCAGACUGGGGAUAUGUGGCCUCCCUGCUAUCCUCGUUAACAACAAAGGCUCCGAGGAGGGUGGCAGAGAUCACAAUGAAGGUAUUGGGGUACCUACAACGUACCAUGGAGUACGCCCUUUUCUUGGAGGCAGACUCCACUGGAUUGGUCUCCUAUGCUGAUAGCUCGUUUGCGCCGUCUGGAGCGAGAUCACAUACAGGCUGGGUGACAAUGCUGUUUGGAGCCCCAAUCAGUUGGCGGUCCAGUCGCCAGUCGACCACCUCGUUGUCGACUGGGGAAGCAGAGCUCAAUGCGGCUGUGGAGGGAGCCUUAGCGUUGAUGAGCUCACAAGCCUUGCUCACUGACGUAAUGGCGAACCCCGUCGACUUGGUUUUGGAAACUGACUCAACAACAGCUUUGUCCCUGGCAGAAGGCUCAGGGUCGUGGAGGACGCGACAGGAUCAAGGCGAAUUGGUUGUACGAGCACAUAAGGGCAGGACAUCUGAAGAUGGUGCAUCGAAGUGGAGAGAUACAACCUGCCGAUGUUCUGACUAA